UAGCAGUAUAUUGUGUCAAACACGGACGUAUUGAUUGUAAGCGUAUUUGCAGCAAUUAGUGCAUAACAUUUAGUUCAUUACCAGUGAUGGAUAACGUAACAGAUGUGACUUACUGUCCUCUUAAAGGAUUAAAAUCAAACUACGUGAAAACAUUCCGUUUCAACUACACACAGAAUGGACAAAAGAAAAAUUGGGAUUUAGUAAUAUCACACGACAGUGUCGCGAUUAUUAUCUUCAAUGUGACAAGGAAGAAGUUAGUAUUUGUGAAGCAGUUUAGACCAGCAGUAUAUUUUAACAGCAUCGACCGGAGCAAAGAAGUUUCGGCUAAUGCCCUUGACACAGAAAAACAUCCCCCGUCCCUUGGUGUUACGCUAGAACUAUGCGCUGGUAUCGUUGACAAAAACAAGCCGUGGGAAGUGAUUGCUAGUGAAGAAAUUCUUGAGGAAUGUGGAUAUGAAAUUGAUCCCUCAAAACUGGAAAAGGUUAUGGCGUUUCGUGGUGACGUCGGCGCGCAAGGGUGUGUGCAGCAACUAUAUUAUUGUGAAGUGACUGAUGAUAUGAAAGUGGCUAAAGGUGGAGGUGUAUCUGAUGAAAUGAUUGAUGUAGUUGAAAUGUCUAUUGAAGAAGCGGAAAAACUUCUGUCAGCUCCUUCCGUUCAACCUUCACCCAGUCCUCCAGGAUUCUUCUUUGCUCUAACAUGGUUCCUUUAUCACAAAGCGAAGAAUUUUUAAGUUAAUAUUCAUGAAUUAUUAUUAAUGAAAUGAAAUACAGAACUGUGAUUGACGUUGGCAAUGAAAUAUAAUUACCUAUGCAUCAAAGACGAAGGCACUUCAACUUUAUUGCUAUACAACCAUAAAGUUGUAGUUGAAGUACCUUCGUCUUUAAAAAUGAAUAAAUACUUUGUUAGACAAUUA